AUGUGGAAGGGGAAGCACAACGUUGACUUGCCUCCGCACUGGUGGGGCAGCAAGCAUCCCAUUGCCUGGCUGGCUUGGCCUUGGGGACCUGCCACCUCAGUUCUCAUCUUGUCACAAAACAUCACAUGGGCUUGUGCUUUUGGUUCUCAUCUUCUAGUUCCGUCCUUAAGGGCUGAUCCCUUGAAGAUGCAUUUCACUGAGUAUUUAAUAGCAGCUGCUCAGCAUCUGGCAGGACGUGGCCCUGCCUGUAAAUACGUGUGGUGGCAGAAGAGUGUGGUGUCGCGCCAUAGGCAGGGCAUGCGUCCUUCCAAACAGCCAGUUUGUUCUCCAACAAGUGCAAAAUGCUUUCAUUGUCUGGCCAGCAGCACGGCAAGGUUUAUCAGCACACAAACCCGAUGGGGAAUGUUAAGCGGGUUAGGUGGCAGCAGCUCUGUGGAAGGUGGUCACCCUCCAAGGAUUAGAGGUCAGAACAAUUGUCCGCCCUGUGACCAGGCAGAGACACAAAGGGCCAUUGUGACAAGAGUACAAAAUCCCUGUUUAUUACCACAGGGCUGACAUGCUGAAAGACCCGCUCUCCCUGCCAGCACAAAAGCUUCCUUGCUUCAGAUUGUUUGUUUAUGUAAAUUAAAAUGGUGCAUUUAAUUAUGCAAUGGGACGAGCCUCAGCAACAAGGGAGGUGCUGAUUGGAUUGCCCCAUGGCCAGAGCCCACUGGCAAGCCCUUGGCACAUCUGAUGGUGUGACCCUGCUCUGCUGCAGCACCCGCAGGAGAGGAGACAGGCGUUGACCAUUUGCACAGGGGAGCAAAAUCCCUGUGGAGAAGGGGUGAAGGGUAUUGCUCCCCACCCCGGGGCGCAGGACCGGGCCCCCGGAAGUGCACGGCCCCGGUCUGCGGGCACGGCACAGCCCUAAGCAUGACAGAAGUCCCAUCAGCAUCUGGCAUGCCCGAGUGCAAUGGGAGUGUAACCCUGAAGAAAGGCCCACUGCAGGUCGUUGGUGAAAUAGCAAAAUCUGUUGGAAUGGUCCCUUGCACAAAUGCAGAAAUGUGCCCUGAUGAUGCUCCACCUGCAGAAGAAAACCGGGGGGAAAAUAGAAACUCGCUGGCAGAGGACAUAGUUCAUGGGGAUUUUGAUGAAGAGAAGCAAUGCAAAGAAAAGCAAGAGGAAAACGAUGGGACAGUACAGCAGGGAUCAGCUGAUAUCCAGGACACGGGGACUGAUGGUCAGGAAUCAGAGGAAGGGCCAGGCAGCGAAGGGCUGCCUGCGGGCAGCAGGGAGCCAGUGAUGGGGAUGGCAGCCAGCACUGUCGUGGAGGCAGCAGAGACCCUUGCAGCCAGCACCGAUGGGAGGGGAAAUGCCACUGAGGAGGAGGAGGAGGAGGUGGAGGACCAGGAGGAUGAUGAUGAUGAGGAGGACACUGAAGAGGAUGAUGUUCAGGUGAUCGAAAUCAAGAAGGAGAACAGCAAGGCAUCCCAUCUAAAGCAGUAUGACAGUGGCAAGGAGGCGUCUCCCCUGACCACACCUGGCUGCAACUCCCCAGUGGAGAAACCAGGGGAGCAGCUUAACCUGGGGAAAAAAAAUGAUAUCUCCAGACACAGCUAUUCUAGGUACAACACAAUCUCCUACCGGAGGAUUAGAAAAGGAAACACCAAACAGCGAAUUGAUGAAUUUGAAUCCAUGAUGCACUUAUAAACUGGUGGAGAAUGCUUAAAGAGCCGAGUGUUCACUCUGGUUUUGAUUUUCUUGUUUGUUUCCCCCAAGGCAUGUCUCUUCACACAGCAUGAGGUCACUGCUCUUUUCCUUUUUGUAUAUGAUUUCAUAAUACACUGUUAAAAUUUAACAUCUUUGCUUUGGCAGUGGGCAGAGGCAUCCAUAACACAGGAAAAUAAAUAAUCAGUUUGCUAAAUAUAA